UCAUCUGAUAAGAGACUGAGAAAAGAGGCGCGGUGCAGUCAGCCUCAGUUUUAAUCAGAUCGCGAAGAUGUGGAAGUUAUUAAUUUAUUUUUGUGUUUAUUUUGGCUUCAACAUGGUUUUGUUGUUGGCGAACCAAAGAGAUUGGAAUUCGCCAAACCCGACCGAGUUCAACAUCGGUGGGGUGCUUAGUAGUAACGAAAGUGAAAGAUAUUUCAAAGAAACCAUUGACCAUUUGAAUUUCGAUUCGCAAUAUGUUCCAAAGGGUGUGACAUAUUACCACACCGCCAUAUUGAUGGAUCCGAACCCAAUUCGAACCGCACUCAAUGUUUGUAAGCACUUGAUUUCGAGUAAGGUCUACGCGGUUGUUGUUUCACAUCCUUUAAUAGGCGAUUUGUCGCCGGCAGCAGUUUCAUAUACGAGUGGUUUCUAUCAUAUUCCCGUUAUUGGGAUAUCAUCCAGGGAUUCUGCAUUCUCCGAUAAGAAUAUUCAUGUAUCUUUUUUGAGGACUGUUCCUCCAUACUCUCACCAGGCAGACGUUUGGGUAGAAAUGCUGAAGUAUUUCAAUUACAAAAAGGUUAUUUUCAUACAUAGCUCUGAUUCAGAUGGAAGAGCCCUUCUAGGGAGAUUCCAGACGACUUCACAAAGUCUUGAAGACGACGUUGACAUUAAAGUUCAGGUAGAAUCAGUUAUAGAGUUCGAAGCAGGAUUUGAUAGCUUCAAAGAACAAUUGUUGGAAAUGAAAAAUGCUCAAGCUCGAGUUUACUUGAUGUAUGCGAGCAAAAUCGAUGCAAAAGUGAUCUUUCGAGAUGCUGCGGCUUUGAACAUGACCGAUGCUGGUUAUGCUUGGAUUGUAACAGAACAAGCUUUGGAGGCGGAUAAUGUUCCCGAAGGUAUUAUAGGUUUGAAGCUCGUGAAUGCAACAAAUGAAAAGGCCCAUAUUAGAGACAGCAUAUAUGUUCUGGCAUCAGCUCUGAGGGAUAUGAAUCAAUCGAAAGAAAUAACAGAAGCACCUAAAGAUUGUGAUAAUUCUGGGUCCAUUUGGGAGACAGGAAAAGACUUAUUCAAUUUCAUUAGGAAACAAGUUCUCAUAAAUGGUGAAACAGGGAAAGUUGCAUUUGAUGAUCAAGGAGAUAGAAUUAACGCUGAAUACAACAUUGUGAACAUACAAAGAAAGAAAAAGAAGGUGGUCGUUGGUAAAUACUUUUUCAACAAGGAAAGUAAUAAAAUGCAUCUAAACGUCGAUGAAAAGAGCAUUUUAUGGCCUGGUCGACAAAAUACAAAACCAGAAGGAUUUAUGAUACCGACGCAUCUAAAAGUUUUAACGAUAGAGGAAAAACCAUUUGUGUACGUGAGAAAAUUGAUUGAUAUUCAACAGGAAGGUUGUUCCGCAGAAGAAAUACAAUGCCCUCAUUUCAAUACAUCGGAUGAUUUGAAUGACGUCUACUGUUGCAAAGGAUAUUGCAUAGAUCUACUCAAGGAAUUGUCUAAAAAAAUCAAUUUCACGUACAGUUUAUCGCUAUCACCAGAUGGCCAGUUUGGUAAUUACCUGAUCAGAAACACUUCCGGAAGCGCUAAAAAAGAAUGGACAGGUUUAAUCGGAGAAUUGGUUGGAGAGAGAGCGGAUAUGAUAGUGGCUCCGUUGACGAUCAAUCCGGAGAGAGCAGAGUUCAUAGAGUUCAGUAAACCUUUCAAAUAUCAAGGAAUAACCAUUUUAGAAAAGAAGCCUUCCAGGUCUUCGACUCUGGUUUCCUUUCUGCAGCCAUUUAGUAAUACAUUGUGGAUAUUGGUUAUGGUAUCAGUUCACGUCGUGGCCCUGGUUCUAUAUUUGCUAGAUCGAUUUUCUCCAUUUGGAAGAUUCAAACUGGCCAACACUGAUGGAACCGAAGAAGACGCGCUAAACUUAUCAAGUGCCAUUUGGUUUGCAUGGGGAGUUUUACUUAAUAGCGGCAUCGGAGAAGGAACUCCUAGAAGUUUUUCGGCCAGAGUCCUGGGAAUGGUUUGGGCUGGAUUUGCAAUGAUAAUUGUAGCUUCAUAUACUGCCAACCUGGCUGCUUUUCUUGUAUUGGAGAGGCCAAAAACCAAAUUAACUGGGAUAAAUGACGCCAGGCUUCGAAAUACGAUGGAAAACUUAACGUGCGCCACUGUGAAAGGAUCCGCAGUAGAUAUGUAUUUCAGAAGGCAAGUGGAACUAUCGAAUAUGUACAGAACCAUGGAAUCAAACAACUACGAUACUGCGGAAUCGGCAAUCAAUGACGUUAAACAAGGGAAGUUAAUGGCAUUCAUCUGGGACAGCUCUCGUUUAGAAUUUGAGGCUGCUCAAGAUUGUGAACUUGUAACUGCUGGAGAACUAUUUGGUCGCUCUGGUUAUGGUAUUGGUUUACAAAAAGGAUCGCCUUGGUCUGAUGACAUAACCUUGGCUAUACUUGAUUUUCAUGAAAGUGGCUUUAUGGAAAGUUUGGAUAAUAAAUGGAUAUUUCAAGGAAAUUUCCAACAAUGUGAACAAUUCGAAAAAACCCCGAAUACACUGGGGUUGAAAAAUAUGGCAGGUGUAUUCAUCUUGGUCGGAGCUGGUAUUGUUGGAGGAAUUGGACUGAUCGUUAUAGAGAUGGCAUAUAAGAAGCAUCAAAUUAAAAAGCAAAAAAGAAUGGAAUUAGCCAGACACGCCGCAGACAAAUGGAGAGGAUGUGUUGAGAAGAGAAAAUCUCUAAGAGCGUCCUCCACAGCCCAACGUAGAAUAAAAUCCAACGGUGUGAAUGAAGCAGUAACAAUUUCUCACGUUUUCGAUAAAUUUCAACGUAUAGGUCAGUUCUACGGCCCAGAAAGAACUUGGCCUGGGGACUCUGACAUCAGACAGAGAAGAAUUGAUGAUGUGGGAGGAGGAGUUCAACCUGUUCCUAGAUACUUACCAGCAUAUACUCAAGAUGUUUCCCAUCUUAUUGUUUAAAUUCAAUCGUAUUCUUGGUGCAUUUUCCAUAUCCUUGGACGAUAUGAAAGUUUAUCUGUUAUUAAUUAUAAUAUCUUUCCAACAGUC